AGAUAGUUUAUGUUAUUUCUAUUCCUUUAAGUGACUUUUAUAAAAAAAUAAGUCACUUUAAAACCGUAGCAGCAACGAAUCACAGCGUAUUACUAGCGCAUGCGCAUGUAAUAAUAAAACUGCAAUGUUUUCAUCUGAUACUAUUUUGGUGAACUGUCGAAAGGCGAAAUUUUGCAUGAGACACAAUAUAGGGAGGUGUUAAACAUAUAAUUGUUGCCUAGUGAUAAAAAUUAGUUUCGCCUGCAUCUAUGAAACAAACAAACAGACAAGCAUAAAAGGUGGAUCACUUAAAGAUAAGAUAAAAGCAUGGCACCUGCAUACAGGAUUACCUACUUUGAUAUCCCAGCGUUAGGUGAGCCAGCUCGUUGGCUCUUCACCUACGGCGGAAUAGAUUUUGAAGAUCGUCGCCUCACAUUUGAAGAAUGGCCAGCAUUGAAAGGCCAGACUCCAUUUGGACAAGUGCCUAUAUUAGAGCAUAAUGGAAAAACAGUAUCACAAAGUGUGGCUAUUGCCAGGUAUGCUGGAAAAUUAGUUGGUCUGGCCGGAAAGGACGAUUGGGAGGACUUGGAAAUUGACUCUGUUGUAGACACCAUGAAUGAACUUGAACUAAAAGUACGUCCUUAUGCUGUCGAGACGAACGAAGAGAAGAAACAAAAGUUGAAAGAAGAUUUGUUAAAGGAAACCAUACCUUUUUAUUGUUCGCGUUUAGAUGAAAGAAUAAAAAAUAAUGGAGGUUACUUUGUUGGAGGUCAUCUCACCUGGGCCGACGUUUACGCUACCAGUCUUUCGUUUCUCUUUAGAGAACUCCUUGAAGGCUAUGCUAACUUGAAGAAACUUCGGGAGGCAAUUAUUGAAAAUAAAAACAUUAAAGAAUAUUUGGUCAAACAUCCAAUUCCAUAAUAUCUAGUAUUACUGCAUCAUAAUAAUAAAUUUUUGAUAUCUAAACCUUACACAACUAUUUUACUUAAGCCUCUUUCUUUCAUACUGGUUUAACUAUUUCAAUGGACUAGCAGUAAAUGACAGACAAUAUCAUAGAUGUCUUAAAAUCUAAUUGUGUCUCCUACUCCCUAAUGGCAGCCUGGCAUCUGGUAAUCUUCCAAUAGCUACUCUGAGAACAUUAAUAGUAGACAGGAUCGGAUAUAUCCUAGUGAAAGAAAGGAAGGUUUUCUCUAAUGUCCAAUACUGUUAACCAAAACUCGUGCCUUUAUUCAUCAAUUUUAUUGAAUAAUUCAUUUGCAAGUUACAUUUCCAAUUUAAUAAUUAUAUACAAGUAAUUUUAAAAUGCUUUAAGUUAUAAUUUAGUAGUAGAUUCAGAUAUAUAAUUACACUAACACUUAAUUUAGGAUUGUGCUAUUUUACAAAUAAUUUAUUUUACUAAUGGGGUUAACUAAACCAAUCAUGGUCUUGAUUCUAUUUAAUAUUAUCUGUACCUGUAAAACAACUUUAAAUAAA